AUGCAGCCGCGCCACUUCCGCCAGCGGCUGCUCGAGCUCGCCGCGGAGUACGAGCUCCUGCACGCGGAGCGGCCCCGCCGCUUCAGCGGCGGCUCCCUCGAGGCGGCGCCGGCGCGCAGCCGCUCGGGCAAGGCGCUGUCCUUCGCCGAGCUGCCAGAGGCGCUGCCAGAGGCGCCGGCCGAGCUGGCCGAGGCGCCGAUCCUCACCUCGGUGGACGGCGCGCUGCCGCCCAGCUGGGGCAGUGACGGCGAGGGCGCCCAGCCGCCAGGCGAGGGCGCCCAGCGGCUGCGGGAGCGCCCGACGUCGCCGAGGGCAACCGCCGACGGCGAGGGCGCGCGGGCGAGGGUGCUCUCGGGUGCGAGCGUGGUGUCCGACGAGCAGCCGCGCGUGGGCACUCCGGCCCAGUCCCGUAUCGGGGUCCGGUGUUGCCUCCGGCCACGCCCUCGCCGAUGA